CUACAAUGUUUCUCAACAUUUGCUCAAAUUUCAUUCAAUUCCACUCCAAACAAUCUUAUCCCCAGCUUUCUCUCUCUGAAAAUGGCACCCAAGGCCGAGAAGAAGCCCGCGGAGAAGAAGCCCGCCGCUGAGAAAGCCCCUGCUGCAGAGAAGGCCCCGGCGGAGAAGAAGCCGAAGGCAGGGAAGAAGCUGCCGAAGGACGGCGGCGCCUCUGCCGGCGACAAGAAGAAGAAGAGAAGCAAGAAGAGCGUGGAGACGUACAAGAUCUACAUCUUCAAGGUGCUGAAGCAGGUCCACCCUGACAUCGGAAUCUCCAGCAAGGCGAUGGGGAUCAUGAACAGCUUCAUCAACGACAUCUUCGAGAAGCUGGCGCAGGAGUCGUCGAAGCUGGCACGGUACAACAAGAAGCCGACGAUCACCUCCCGUGAAAUUCAGACCGCCGUGAGGCUAGUGCUGCCUGGAGAGCUGGCGAAGCACGCCGUUUCGGAAGGGACCAAGGCUGUUACCAAAUUCACUAGUGCUUGAAUUGAAAUAUUGUUGAUUUGGGGCUGAUUUUAGGGUUUAAAGUAAGGGUUCUGUAAAUUAGGUUUCUGUUUACUAGUUAAGUAGAAAGGGCUUUUGUAUGGUAUUAUGAUUUAUGCGUUUUAUGAAUGAAUGUUAAAUUUUCUAA